CGCCGCCCCUCCCCUCCUCCCUGCGCCUUAAAGCUCCGCCUGCCGGGAGUCAGCAGUCCCAGAGGCACCCCGACAUCAGCCUGUGUGCAGGAGCCUGCGUCAGCCAGAGCCCAGCCUGAAGGUGGGUCGAGGGGUCCCUGCAAGCCCUCAGACAGGACGUCGGGCCCCGGAAGGGACACUUGGCUGAGCUGAUCCGUGCUCCGUGGCGCUCAGAGACGCCAGCGGGGGCCCCAGAAGAGACAGCACCUGGCAAGAGGACCCCUGAUGUGAAGACUGCUCUGGUCUGGGACACGCACGACCUGCUCCUGGUGGCCCGGGGAAGCCCGUGGGAGCGACUGACGCUGCCUCCGAGUGACCCGGCGAGACCUUCCUGAUGGCUUCCACGGGCCUGGAGCUCCUGGGCAUGAGCCUGGCCGUGCUCGGGUGGCUGGGGACCCUGGUGUCGUGCGCCCUGCCCCUGUGGAAGGUGACCGCCUUCAUCGGCAACAGCAUCGUGGUGGCGCAGGUGGUGUGGGAGGGGCUGUGGAUGUCGUGCGUGGUGCAGAGCACCGGGCAGAUGCAGUGCAAGGUGUACGACUCGCUGCUGGCGCUGCCGCAGGACCUGCAGGCGGCCCGCGCGCUCUGCGUCGUGGCGCUGCUGCUGGCCCUGCUCGGCCUGCUGGUGGCCAUCACGGGCGCCCAGUGCACCACGUGCGUGGAGGACGAGGGUGCCAAGGCCCGCAUCGAGCUCACCGCGGGGGCCGUGCUGCUGCUGGCUGGCGUCCUGGUGCUCAUCCCCGUGUGCUGGACGGCCCACGCCAUCAUCCAGGACUUUUACAACCCGCUGGUGGCGGAGGCGCUCAAGCGGGAACUGGGGGCCUCGCUCUACCUGGGCUGGGCGGCCGCGGCCCUGCUCAUGCUGGGGGGGGGGCUGCUCUGCUGCUCCUGCCCGCCCCCCCACCUCGACCGGCCCCGGGGCCCGAGGCUGGGCUACUCCAUCCCCUCCCGCUCGGGAGCAUCAGGCCUGGACAAGAGGGACUAUGUGUGAGGGCCACAGGAGAUGCCCGCCCCCACCCCCAACGCCUCAUACCCUCCCCCGGGCCAAACCCGCUCCAGAAGCUGGAGCCAGGGCCUCCACUGCACCCCCUCCUCAUACUGGCUUCGCCCCAGAACU